AUGCAGAUCUUCGUCAAAACAUUGACUGGUAAGACCAUCACCUUAGAGGUCGAACCAGCUGAUACCAUAGAAAAUGUCAAAGCCAAGAUUCAAGAUAAAGAAGGCAUUCCACCAGAUCAACAGCGAUUGAUUUUUGCUGGAAAGCAACUUGAAGAUGGCAGAACUCUCUCGGAUUACAACAUCCAGAAAGAAUCGACCCUCCAU